UCUCUCCAACCAAACACUUCUCCUGCAUUUGAAGACUCUCAACAAAGGAAUCAAUGGCUAUGAUGAAUUCUUCAUCAGCACUGACGCUCUUUUGCUGCUUCACCAUUUUCUUUCAGUUUCUCUCUGUGAAUUCACGCGAUUCUCCUCCACUUGCACCAGCUCUAUACGUCUUUGGCGAUUCUUUGUUUGACAGCGGCAACAACAAUCUUCUGCCGACUUUAGCUAAAGCCAACUAUCUGCCCUACGGCAUGAAUUUCCCCAAAGGAGUCACUGGAAGAUUCACAGAUGGUAGAACUGUUCCAGACUUUAUAGCUGAAUAUCUCAGGCUACCGUAUUCUCCGCCCUCGAUUAGUGUUAGGACAUCGGUGCCGCUGACGGGGUUGAAUUAUGCUUCUGGGGUGUGCGGAAUCCUCCCUGAAACUGGAAGCCUGUUUGGCAAAUGCUUGAAUUUGGAUGACCAGAUCGAGCUGUUUCGACUGACGGUUGAACUGAAAUUGGUCGCUUCUUUUGGGAGUAAAAAGGAGAUUUCGGAAUACUUGUCAAAGUCCAUAUUCAUAUUCUCCAUAGGCAACAAUGACUACAUCAACAACUACCUCCUACCCCUAUUGUAUGAUUCAAGCAAACGUUACACCCCUCAACAAUUUGCUCAACUCCUUGUGGGCAGACUCUCUCAAGGUCUGAAGAAUUUAUAUAUACUUGGAGCCAGGAAGAUGAUUGUGUUCGAGCUUGGCCCCAUUGGGUGCAUGCCAUGGAUAACAAGGAGGUCGAAAAAGGGUCAGGGACAAUGCGACGAGGAAGCGAACUCUCUUGUAUCACAUUUCAACAAUGAUCUCGGUUCGAUGCUAAAAGGAUUAACAUCCACCCUAAGCGGCUCAACCUUCGUACUCGGUCAUGUGAAUUGGCUAGGCUAUGAUGCGAUCAAAAACCCUUCAAAUUAUGGUUUGAGAGACACUAGCACUUCAUGCUGCAACUCAUGGCUGAAUGGGACAGCGACAUGCAUUCCAUUUGGAAAGCCUUGCGCCAACACAAAUGAACAUUUCUUUUGGGAUGGUUUUCACCUCACUGAGGCUGUUUCUUCACUUGUUGCCAAUGCAUGCAUCAAUGGUUCCUCGGUUUGCCUUCCCAUGAAUAUGGAGGGCCUCCUUAAAAUUUGAAUGUAUGAAUUCCAUCAGCAUGUAUGCUUCUUAUUUAAGCAAAUAAAUGCCAGACCUUUUCUUCUUGUUCUUCUUUUA